CUCUGCAACCACAUUAUUAUUACACACUCAUCUAGAGAGAGAAAAGAGACGUCUGGAGAUGGAAGGCAAGGAAGAAGAUGUUAGAGUCGGAGCCAACAAGUUUCCGGAGAGACAACCGAUCGGAACAUCGGCUCAGAGCGACAAGGACUACAAGGAGCCACCUCCUGCGCCCUUGUUCGAGCCCGGCGAGCUUGCUUCGUGGUCCUUCUGGAGAGCCGGGAUCGCUGAGUUCAUCGCCACGUUCUUGUUCCUUUACAUCACUGUUUUGACCGUCAUGGGAGUCAAGAGGUCACCGAACAUGUGUGCUUCUGUCGGAAUCCAAGGGAUCGCUUGGGCUUUCGGUGGUAUGAUCUUCGCUCUCGUCUACUGCACCGCUGGUAUCUCCGGUGGACACAUCAACCCAGCAGUCACGUUCGGUCUGUUCUUGGCCAGGAAGCUUUCGCUCACACGAGCUGUGUACUACAUAGUGAUGCAGUGCUUAGGAGCCAUCUGUGGAGCUGGUGUGGUCAAGGGAUUCCAACCAAAGCAGUACCAAGCUCUUGGAGGCGGAGCCAACACUGUAGCUCCUGGUUACACUAAAGGAAGUGGUCUCGGAGCUGAGAUUAUUGGAACUUUUGUCCUUGUUUACACCGUCUUCUCCGCUACUGACGCCAAGAGGAACGCUCGUGACUCUCAUGUUCCCAUUCUUGCACCUCUUCCUAUCGGAUUCGCUGUGUUCUUGGUCCACUUAGCAACCAUCCCCAUCACUGGUACUGGAAUCAACCCAGCAAGGAGUCUUGGAGCUGCAAUCAUCUUCAACAAGGACAACGCUUGGGACGACCAUUGGGUGUUUUGGGUUGGACCAUUCAUCGGUGCUGCACUUGCUGCUCUUUACCACGUGAUUGUCAUCAGAGCCAUCCCAUUCAAGUCCAGAAGCUGAUUGAGUUACUCUUAGUUUGCUUUUCUUUUGUGAAUGUACUACUACUACUUGUGUGAAACAUCGUCUGUAUGUGUUUGUUCCUCUGCUUUGCCUAAUGCAGACUCUAUUUGUAAUACAGAGUCAGAGACAUUCCCCUGAAAAAAUAUUGUGAUCUUAUCUUCUACAAA